UCGCAUUGUUUACUGUGUAAUAGUUUAUUGCAGCGUGUUGAAAUUUUAAUUAUAAUUUUAUUUCUUUAGACAGUUUUUUUUUUUGUAAAUCAUAACAAUAUAGUGAUAAAAUGGGUCUGCUAUCAAUUCUUCGUAAACUAAAAUCUCAACCAGACAAAGAACUACGGCUGUUAUUACUAGGUUUGGAUAAUGCUGGGAAAACAACACUGUUAAAGAAACUUGCUUCAGAAGAUGUAACCCAUAUCACCCCAACACAAGGAUUUAAUAUAAAGUCUGUACAGUCAGAGGGCUUCAAGUUAAAUGUGUGGGACAUUGGUGGACAAAGAAAAAUUCGACCAUAUUGGAGGAAUUAUUUUGAAAAUACAGAUGUUCUUAUAUAUGUGAUUGAUAGUGCUGACCGUAAGCGUCUAGAAGAAACAGGUCAUGAACUGGAAGAGCUAUUAAUGGAGGAGAAGUUAGCUAAUGUACCAUUGCUAGUCUAUGCAAACAAACAAGAUCUGUUGCAUGCAGCUCCAGCAUCAGAAGUUGCUGAAGGGCUAGGACUUCAUACUAUUAAGGAUCGGCCAUGGCAAAUACAGGCGUGUUCUGCGACUGCAGGGGAAGGGGUUAAGGAUGGUAUGGAAUGGGUCUGUAAAAACAUUAAGAAGAAAUAGUCGUGACUUUAGCAGGAUAAAAAUUUGGUGAAGGUACAUUAUUUUCAUGGUAAUGAAUUUUGCAACAGAAAACCUGGCUAGAAUACAGAGCAGUUUGUAUAAGAAGAUGAUAACCAGGUUGUUAGACAUUUGCUUUCUUGUCAUUUAUAUGUGGAUGCACAAAAGACUGCAUUAUGGUUUGCACAGAAGCUCAUUUUGCUUUUAGUCAAAAUGUGUAGGUAGUUUAUUAGUAAGUCUCGAUCUUGGUGUCCCCUUAAUGGACUUCUGAUACCCAAAACCAUAUAUGAUUGGUCUUCAGCUCUGUCAGCGAUGUAAUCAUUUUGAAAGUAAUGCAAGUUACAUCAAAGGAGAAAAUAUUCUGGUAGCUUUUCUUUUGAUUGAAAUGUCUGUGUUCCUCCAUAUUCCAGAAACUGCAGAGAUUAUGAAUUUUUGCACAGAAAAUUUAAGAAAAGAAUAUAUUGUGCAGUUCUAAUUUUAUUUAACCAAGAACUGAAGUAAAGGAAUAAGCUACUUCUUCAAAGUUUUGAAAGAUAAUUGAGUUUUUAAACAAUUCAUAAAUUGUAAGAUUUGAGGCUUUCACGGCGGUGACUAUGAAGAAAGCAGUCUUUUGGAAUUUGGCACUAUGUA